AUCUUCUGAAUUGUGUUUCUCUCUCUUCACUCUGUUCAGUGUUGUGCUCCCCAAGCUUCGCGCUGCUCUCCCUAAAACCCUAAACCCCUAAAUAGGGUUUGGAAAAUAAAGUCUCUCCCUUUUCACAUAAUCACAUCACUCUCUCUGUUCCAUACAAACGCAGCUCAAAAUGUUAACCACAAUCCUCAGAAGAACUUCUUCUUCUGCUAUCACGAAGCGCUCUCUCGCCGCCGCCGUAACCUCCGCUACCGACCCCUUUCUCCCCCAACUCACCUCUUCCUCCGCAUCCUCCGGAGAUUCACCCGUCGGCGAGCUCCGACGAUUCUCCGGGUUAACUGGGUUUUUGAAAGGGAGAGCCUUUCACUCUAAUUCAGGGCCAUUGAAUUUCCGCUCCUCGUUCUGUUCUCGCGCGGAGUUUGCAGUUGAGGAUUACGCCUACGAAGAAGGGUCUAGAGGGAACAGCGCCGAUGAAGGUCUUGAGAUCGCGAAGCUUGGGAUUUCGCAGGAUAUUGUUUCUGCUCUUGCAAAGAAAGGAAUCUUCAAGCUCUUUCCUAUUCAGCGAGCUGUGCUGGAACCUGCUAUGCAAGGACGUGAUAUGAUUGGUCGAGCUAGAACAGGAACUGGAAAGACUCUUGCGUUUGGGAUACCAAUCAUAGAUAAGAUCAUUCAGUUCAAUGCUAAGCAUGGGCGAGGAAGGAAUCCCUUGGCUUUGGUUUUGGCUCCUACCAGAGAGCUUGCACGACAGGUUGAGAAGGAAUUCCAGGAAGCAGCACCUAACUUGGAUACCAUCUGUGUUUACGGGGGUACACCCAUCUCUCGUCAGAUGAGGCAGCUUGAUUACGGUGUUGAUAUUGCUGUAGGCACGCCUGGCCGAAUUAUCGACCUUCUAAACAGAGGUGCCCUGAAUUUACAGGAAGUUAAGUAUGUUGUUAUCGAUGAAGCUGAUCAGAUGCUUCAAGUUGGCUUUCAAGAAGAUGUUGAAAAGAUCUUGGAGAGGUUGCCCCCUAAACGUCAGACUCUUAUGUUCUCUGCAACAAUGCCUUCUUGGAUAAAGCAGAUUACUCGUAACUACCUACAGGAUCCCCUGACCAUUGAUCUUGUUGGAGAAUCUGAUCAGAAGUUGGCAGAUGGAAUUUCGCUAUAUUCUAUUGCAACUGAUAUGUAUGUUAAAGCAGGAAUUCUCGGACCUCUAAUAACAGAACAUGCAAAAGGAGGAAAAUGCAUUGUUUUCACUCAAACCAAACGUGACGCCGAUCGAUUAACAUAUGGCUUGGCAAAAACUGUUCAAUGUGAGGCCUUGCAUGGAGACAUAUCCCAAGCUCAGAGGGAAAGAACUCUGGCUGGAUUCAGAAAUGGACAUUUUAACGUUUUGGUUGCAACAGAUGUUGCUUCACGUGGGCUUGAUAUACCAAAUGUGGAUCUUGUAAUACACUUUGAUCUUCCCAAUUCAUCGGAGAUAUUUGUUCAUCGAUCUGGACGAACAGGUCGUGCUGGUAAGAAAGGAACUGCUAUUCUUGUUUAUACUGAAGAUCAAUCCAGGGCUGUUAAGACCAUUGAGCGUGAUGUGGGAUGUAGAUUUUCAGAGCUACCAAGGAUUGCUGUUGAUCCUGGAUCAGUGGACAUGGGUGGUGGACGAUUCGGUUCUUAUGGAGGUGGAAGGGAUCGUCGAUCUGGUGAUUCAGGUUUUGGUCGUAGUCCUGGAUUUGGUCGUUCAGGCGGCUAUGGAAACUCUGGGUUUGGCCGCUCUAGCUAUGGAAAUUCUGGGUCAACUUCUAGUCGUUUUGGUGACUCUGGUAUGAGUCGACCCAGGGGGGGAUUUUCAGGUGAUUCAUCUGGGGGAUCAGGCUUUGGUCGGUUUGGCUCCUCUGAUGGCUUUGGUUCAGGUCAAUCGGGGAGUAGAUCCGGAGGAUUCAGUCGUCCAGGUGGUUUUGGUGGUUCAGAUCGUUCAGGUGGUGGUGGUUUUGGGGGAUUUGGUGGUUCAGAUCGUUCAGGUGGUUUUGGAUCUUUUGGCUCAAGUCAAUCUAGUGCCUUUGGUGUUGCUGAUCAGAACAAUAAGGGAAGAUUCUAACUU